AUUGCGGUUUGGGAGCCGGGUUUGUUGUGCUGCGGCUCUUGUUGGGUCCGGGCUCGGGUUGGACAUGUGUAGCCGGCUGCGGGUGAGCGUCCUGCGGACACAGGGACAGGUUCCGGCCCGGGUCACCGAGAGCUUCAUCCUGAGCGGUUACCGGCUGGAAUUCAGCUUCACCCAGUGCCUGAUCUCCGCCUUCCGCCCUACCAACGAGACCGGCAACUUCUGGACCCAUUUCCUCGGCCUUUUCGUCUUUGCAUUUCAUUUCUGGGAGCUAUUCGACCAUGGAAGCCGCGCCAGCUUGCUGGAGCCUUUCCUCUACCCCUAUUGGAGCUACUGUGUUGGGGUUGGCGGGCUGUUGGUGGUUAGCUCCAUGGCUCAUCUCUUUAACUCAAUGUCCCUGCUCAUCAGGGAGAUCUGUUUCUUCAUCGACUAUGGAACCAUCAGUGUCUACACAGUCAGUUCUUCCCUCUGUUACUAUUACUAUAUUCACCACGGAGGACAGUGCCAGGGCGCUCCAGCCACUCCGAGCCAGCUGGACAGCUGGUUUGAGAUGCUCUACAUCCCCUGCACCUGCCUGAUCGCACUCCUUUGCACCAUGUUCUGCUGUAACACCAGGAUAAUCUGGCGAAGGCAUCGCUAUACCAUCCGCACUCUGGUCUUCCUGCUGCCUUUCACCAUCUCGUCCAGCCCGGUCUUUUACAAACUCUACACUGGCACCCAGCGCUCCGGGGACACCCUGGCCUUCUUCACCCGACAUUGUUUCUGGCUGCUGGCCUCAGCAAUCUUCAACAUCAGCAAGAUCCCUGAGCGCUUCUGCCCUGGGAAGUUUGACAUCGUGGGUCACAGUCACCAGUGGUUCCAUUUCUGCACCUUCAUGAGCAUCCUGGACGAGCUGCACAUGAUCAAAGGAGAGAUGAAGAUUUUCAGGACGGAACUUGGACCUUCGCCCACUUUCCUGCACACCUUCGGGGUGCUGCUCUGUCUUCAGUGCUGCACCGCGGCCCUCAUCACCUGGUUCUCGGUCCAGGCCGUGUCGACACAUAGGAUUUCAAAAUCCCAGUAGAAUUGACUGGGAGCUGCAUUGCUGUGAGAACAGUUCUCUGCCCAUUCCUCCACCGCAGUGAAUCAAACACUGCCCACGUUGAGAGGAGGAGGUGAUGCUUUGACCCUGGGAUGGGGAUGGACAGUCUGUCACUGCAGCACUGCAGCUCUUGUGUGACAUCCACAAGUAUAUGUAAAGGAUAUGAAUGUAUAAAGAUUUAAAAUCAAUGGAUAAAAAUGAUGUCCGGGAUACGGAAAACAAUUAAAUUAUUUCUAUGCUCUGAA